AUGGUCCCUCUAGUCACCGCGAAGUACGACUGGAUCCUAGCAAUCACCACCAUCGCCUUCGUCUUCAGUGCCUUCGGUAACGGUGCCAACGAUGUCGCCAACGCCUAUGCCACCUCUGUCGCUGCCCGGACACUAAACAUGGCCACGGCCGGUGUCCUGGCUAUCUUCACAGAGUUCAUUGGUGCAGUAGCCAUGGGCAAACGAGUCACCGAUACAAUCAAGAACGGAAUCAUCGACAUCGACCGCUUCGAGGGUAAGCCCGGUGCACUCAUGCUGGCCAUGGGCUGUGCCGAGAUUGGCAGCGCUACCUGGUUGAUGGUCGCCACUGGGAUGGGCUGGCCUGUCUCGACGACGCAGACUAUCGUCGGCGCCCUCGUUGGUGUUGGUUUUGCUUCCCAGGCUGAUAUCAACUGGUCCUGGACAAAAGGCAGUGUCUCUCAGGUCGCUGCUUCGUGGGGUAUUGCCCCUCUCGUGGCAGGUGGAUUCUCGGCUAUCAUCUUCGGUACUCUCAAGUACAGUGUCCUUGAACGGCAAGAUCCCUUCAAGUGGGGAAUGCGUAUGAUCCCGUGGUACCUUGCCACGACCGGAGCCAUCCUCGCCCUCUUCAUUGUCAUCGAAGCCCCCACGGCACCCUCACUGGAGGAGUUCGGUGGUGGCAAGGCAGCCGGCAUUAUCCUGGGUGUGUUCGUUGGCUGCUUCGUCAUCGCCCAUGUCUUCUUCAUCCCGUAUUUCAAGCGCCGUCUCGUCCAAGGCGAUGCCCGUGUCAAGUUCUACCAUAUUCCCCUCGGCCCCCUGCUGCUGAGAGAAAACCCACCCCUGUACUUCCCAGGAAAGGGUGACGCCGCUGUGAUCAACUACUAUGAAGAUGCUUACGGCGAAGUGCGAGCCGGCCAACAUGACGCAGCCAAGGAAAAUGUCACAUCAAAUGCAGACUCCAUCACAGCCACGCCGGAAAUUACAGCAAUGUCCCAUCCUGAAAAAAUCGGGGAUGACGAGGAGAAGAUCAGACCGGCAGCCGAGCCACGGAAGAAGCAUCUCGAACCAACUGAACGUUUCAUCGACCCUGUCCGAGAACUAUCCUGGACAAACCCCCAGAAGGCCUAUGGUUAUCUCAAAUACAUGUUCCUCCAGGGUGUCACCCGUGAUGUAGUUUCACACGACUCACCUGAGUUGCGGGCAAUCCACGCACGUGCCCACCGGUAUGACGACCGCGUCGAACAUCUCUGGACAUACUGCCAAGUUGUAUCGGCUAUGAUGAUGUCGAUUGCACACGGUUCGAAUGACGUGGCCAACGCUGUCGGUCCCUGGGCUGCUGUGUACAGCACAUACCACGCCGGUGUUGUCGAGACCAAGGCUCCCACCCCUAUCUGGUUCUUGAUUGUGGCUGGUCUGCUGCUUGGUCUUGGUUUCUGGUUUUUCGGAUACCACAUUGUUCGUGCGCUCGGAAACAAGAUUACGCAGAUGUCGCCGACACGUGGCUUCAGUGUUGAGCUUGGGGCAGCUAUCGCUGUGCUUUUGGCUUCAAGACUUGGAUUGCCCGUUUCCACGACGCAGUGUUUGACUGGUGCCUCUAUGGGAGUGGCUCUCAUGAAUUAUGAUCUUGGCGCCGUCAAUUGGAAGCAACUUGCCUUCAUCUUUGGUGGCUGGGUCUUGACUUUGCCUUGUGCCGGAUUGGUUUCGGGACUGCUUUGUUUGAUGGCGCUGAAUGCUCCUCAUCUGUAA